ACGCCUGAUGAAGAAAAAUCUGUUAGCAGGGAAGAUGACAAAGAAUUAGCCUGCAGCCCAAUUCCAAUGACAGCGGAGAGAAGACGCAGUCUGUGGUAUGCAAGCCACUAUACAACUGAUGAGAGAAAACUUCUGUCAAUGACCCAAGAUGAAUACAAGCCAUCGGAUGUGCUGCUGGUAACAGUGAACGGGAACCCUGCUGACUAUCACACCAUCCACCCCACACUGCCAUUAGAGAACGGUCCGGGCAAAGCAGACAUGUACUCAACACCUCAGUACAAAUGGGAGCCGUCGGAUGACAUGUCAGGUAAAAAGGAAGAGGAGGAGGAGGAGGAAGAGGAAGAAGUUACUCAGGAGGAAAAAGAAAAUGUUAAAUUACAUGCCCUGGUGUCUGUGUUCCAAUUUAUCAUGAAACAAAGUUACAUUUGUGCUCUGAUAGCUAUGAUGGCAUGGAGUAUCACCUAUCACAGCUGGUUGACUUUUGUGUUACUGAUUUGGUCUUGCACGUUGUGGAUGAUUCGGGACCGAAGGAAAUAUGCCAUGAUCAGUUCACCGUUCAUGGUUUUCUAUGGAAAUUUACUGCUAACGUUGCAGUAUAUAUGGAGUAUUGAGCUCAGGAAUGAUGAGCUUCCUCAAGUAUCUGGUUUUUUAGAAAGAAAGGAUCCUGGGGAGUUGGCAUCAAAGAUUCUUUUCACAAUUACAUUCUGGCUACUGCUUAGGCAACACCUCACUGAACAAAAAGCACUUAAACUAAAAGAAGCUACUUUAUCUGAGGUCAAAGUUGGAAAUGAAGACAGUGAAGAAAAAGAAGAGGAGUUGCAAGAAGGAGAAGUGGCAGAAGAACAGGAGGAGGAGAAGGAGAAGGAGAAGGAGAAAGAAAAGGAGAAGGAGGAAGAAGAGGAGGAAGAGGAUGAUGAGGAUGAACAGGAUAUUAUGAAAGUCCUGGGGAAGCUGGUGAUGGCUAUGUUCAUCAAGUACUGGAUUUAUGUCUGUGGGGGCAUGUUCUUCUUUGUCAGCUUUGAGGGUAGAAUUGUCAUGUACAAAAUCAUCUAUAUGGUACUGUUCCUCUUCUGCGUGGCCCUCUAUCAGGUGCACUAUGAAUGGUGGAGAAGGAUUUUAAAAUACUUUUGGAUGUCAGUGGUUGUUUACACGAUGUUGGUACUUAUCUUCAUCUAUACAUACCAGUUUGAGUCAUUCCCUGGGUUGUGGAAGAACAUGACAGGCCUGGAUGAAAACAAACUAGCAGACCUUGGCUUAAAACAGUUUUCUGUGGCUGAACUAUUCACACGCAUCUUUAUCCCCACCUCCUUCCUCCUGGCGUGUAUCUUACAUCUUCACUAUUUCCAUGACCGGUUUCUCCAGCUCACUGAUUUAAAGGCUGUAACCAGCAAACAGGACAACACUAUUUACAGCCAUGCCAAAGUCAAUGGCCGUGUUUAUCUAAUAAUUAAUAGACUGGUGCACCAAGAUGGAAGCCUGCCUGACCUAACUAUGAUGAAUUUAACAGCCAGCAGAGAAAAGGAAGAGGAUAAAAUGCUGGAAGAGGCUGGUGAGAAAAGAAUGGAAGAGCCAGAGGGGGAGGGAGGGAAAGGGAGGGUCGAAAAAGGAAAAGAAGAAGAAAAAGAAGAUGAGGACAAGGAAGAUGAUGAUGAUGAAGACAAUGAAUCAGAGGAGGAAGAAACUACAGACUUGAGGAACAAAUGGCAUCUGGUGAUCGACCGCCUUACAGUGCUGUUUUUGAAAUUCUUGGAGUAUUUCCAUAAGAUGCAAGUCUUUGUGUGGUGGCUGUUGGAACUGCACAUCAUCAAAAUUGUUUCCUCUUACAUCAUCUGGGUCACAGUGAAAGAGGUGUCUCUGUUUAACUUUGUGUUUUUAAUUGCCUGGGCUCUUGCUUUGCCAUAUGCUCAGUUUCGCCCAUUGGCAUCAAGUAUCUGCACUGUUUGGACAUGUGUGAUUAUUGUCUGCAAAAUGUUGUACCAGCUCACAUCUAUUGAUCCCAGCACUUUUUCCAGUAACUGUACAUUGCCAGGAGAGAAUGAAACUAAGGUCAAUUUAGAAGAACUCAAAACCUCAGUCCUCUACAGUGGGCCAGUUGAUCCUGCAGAGUGGGUUGGAUUGAGGAAAUCUUAUCCCCUGCUUGUAUACUUAAGGAAUAACUUACUGAUGCUGGCUAUUCUGGCUUUUGAAGUUACAAUCUACCGUCAUCAAGAGUACUACAGAUGUCGAAAUAACCUGACUACACCUGUAACCAAAACCAUUUUCCAUGAUAUUACAAGAGCACAUCUGGAUGAUGGUCUGGUAAACUGUGUCAAGUACUUCAUAAACUAUUUCUUCUACAAGUUUGGUUUGGAGACCUGUUUUCUUCUCUCAGUGAAUGUAAUCGGUCAGCGAAUGGAUUUUUAUGCCAUGAUUCAUGCCUUCUGUCUGAUUGCUGUAUUGUAUCGACGUAGAAGAAAAGCUAUUGCAGAGAUCUGGCCAAAAUACUGCUGUUUUCUGGCAUGCAUCAUUACAUUCCAGUACUUCCUUUGCAUUGGCAUCCCACCUGCUCCUUGUAAAGACUAUCCAUGGAGAAGUGGUAAUGCCAACUUCAACUCCAACAUCAUAAAGUGGUUAUACUUUCCAGACUUCAUUGUGAGACCGAACCCUGUCUUCCUUGUCUAUGAUUUCAUGCUGCUGCUGUGUGCAUCCUUACAAAGGCAGACAUUUGAGGAUGAAAAUAAAGCUGCAGUACGAAUCAUGGCUGGAGACAAUGUGGAAAUUUGCAUGAAUCUUGAUGCGGCAUCUUUUAGCCAGCAUAAUCCUGUUCCUGACUUCAUUCACUGCAGAUCCUACUUAGACAUGUAUAAGGUGAUAACAUUCAGUUACCUCUUCUGGUUUGUGCUUACUAUAAUCUUCAUAACGGGAACCACGAGGAUCAGCAUAUUCUGCAUGGGAUACUUGGUAGCCUGCUUUUAUUUCCUUCUCUUUGGAGGAGAUCUGUUACUGAAGCCCAUCAGGAGCAUUCUGCGUUACUGGGACUGGCUGAUUGCCUACAAUGUCUUUGUGAUCACAAUGAAGAACAUCCUCUCGAUAGGAGCAUGUGGCUACAUUGAAUCGUUAAUUAAGAAUAGCUGCUGGUUGAUUCAGGCAUUUAGCUUGGCCUGUACAGUUAAAGGCUACCGUAUUCCAACCAACAAUCUAGAUUGUAAACUGCCCAGUGGAGAAGCAGGAAUCAUUUGGGACAGUAUAUGUUUUGCUUUCCUGCUGCUGCAAAGAAGAGUCUUCAUGAGUUAUUACUUCCUGCAUGUUGUUGCAGACAUAAAAGCUUCUCAGAUCUUAGCAUCAAGGGGUGCUGAGCUUUUCCAGGCUACAAUUGUCAAGGCUGUAAAGGCAAGAAUUGAAGAGGAAAAAAAAUCAAUGGAUCAACUGAAAAGGCAAAUGGAUCGCAUCAAAGCCAGGCAGCAAAAAUACAAAAAGGGUAAAGAGAGGAUGCUAAGCAUGACCCAGGAAUCCUCAGAGGGGCCGGAGAUUCGGAAGAUUUCUGAAGAAGAUGAUGAAGGAGAAGCAGACAAAGAGAAAGCCAAGGGCAAAAAAAAGCUGUGGUGGCGGCCUUGGGUUGAUCAUGCUUCCAUGGUCAGAAGUGGAAAUUAUUAUUUGUUUGAGACGGAUAGUGAAGAGGAAGAGGAAGAAGAGAAAAAAGAAGAGGAAGAGCCUCGGAAAAAAUCUGCAUUUCAGAGAGCUAUUGGGAAAUUUGCUUCAGCAAUUUUAGCCUUGCCAAAGUCUGUCAUUAAACUGCCCAAAACUAUUCUUCAGUAUUUAAUCAAAGCAGCAAAG